AAAAGAGGGCGUCAUAUCAAAAUCAAAACAAAAUAGAGAGAAAACUAGAGUAAAUCGAGUAAAAUUUCUUCAACUUAGAAUCUGAACCGAACUUGAAUGAAGUUACACCCUUUGACCGUAAGCCUUUGUUAUUAAAAAUGGGCUCAACUUUGUCUGGUUACGCUCGUUCCCCUGGUGAUUCUGGUAAGAAAGGAAGGAAAAGAGCACUCAAUGAAGACGACAGUGAUGACGAAAGUGAGGCAAAUCAAGUUCUGCACACUCCACAACGGAAAAAGAUGAAGUCCACCUCCAAGUACAUCUACAAUGCAUUGUUUGUGAAUGGAGAGAACUCUGAUAUUACAAUACAUGCUCUUGGGAAGGAUUGGCCCCUGCACAAGAUUUAUCUGUGUCAGUCAAGUUACUUUGCGAGUAUGUUCAGUGGGUCCUGGCGAGAAUCUAAACUCACAGAGAUAGACAUUGAUGUACCGGAUACUAACAUUGAUAAUGAAGCUCUACAGAUAGCCCUUGGUUCACUUUACAGAGAUGAUGUGCUCUUAGAACCUGUUAAAGUAGUUUCCGUUCUUGCCGCCGCUUCGCUACUUCAAUUAGAAGGGCUUAUCCAACAGUGUGCUGACAUCAUGACUGAAACAAUAAGCCCCAAGACAGUAUGCAGCUACCACUCAGCAGCAACAUCUUAUGGCUUACAACAAGUGGCAAAGAGUUGCUUUGAGUGGCUGGAGCUGAAUUUGAUGGUCGCGCAGAAACCAACAUUACUUAGGGAAUUGAGCUGUGAAUUAUUUGAGAAAGUAAUUCAAUCUCCAAACCUCUUUGUGCUACAAGUUGAGAUGGAUGUCUAUUCUAUGGUAAAAAAGUAUGUGUUUUUAAAGCUGACACCAUCCUGGCAAGGCGAUACAAAGAUGCUUGGAAGAGAAGCUGAUAAAUUCUUCAGGAGAUAUGAUGCGGGUGCUUUUCUAAAGUCUGAUUUGGGGGCGCCGUACGCACGUCUCUUUGCGGUGUUGAGGUUAGGAAGCAUCAUCAAUGAGCCGAGUUCUUGUAGGCACGUUGAAGACGAUAAAAUUAUUAUGCAAGAUUUUCUUCUACCAGUGUAUAGGCAACAAUGGCAGCACAUGUUGGCAGUGGAGCACGGCCAGGACUUGGGACCUAAGGAAGAGACGGUAUCCACAGAUCAGUUCGAUCAGCUCAGUAUGAGGUGUGGAAGAAUUAUCAAAAAAGAUGCAGAGUAUUGCUGGAGAUGGACGGGGUUCAAUUUUGGAGUCGACCUUCUCGUUACAUUUACAAAUAGGUUGAUUAUUCUGAGACGGAAUACCGGUACCCAUCCUGUUACAGCCAGUGUCAGUCUACAGAAUAGCAGGAAUAUCAUGUUUAGAAUAAGAGUGAUAUCUUAUGACAGUCAGGGUCAGAUCUUGUACCAAAAGCUGAGCGAGCUAACUCCAUUAUCAUUACACAAAGACGAGGAGAUUGUGGUGUUGAACAUUGACAGACACGCCCCUUUCCCGAUGCAAAUAGGGGUGAAUGUGAUGUGUGUGACUCCGCCCCAGCCGGUCGUGGAGACGGCAGAGAGUUUAACGCUUCAGCCACCAACACCGAGGCAACAGCAACUCUCGGGCCAAGAUGAAUGAGUUCCAGGACUCCAUGUCCUAAGGAUCAGCUAGACUUAUGUGAACUUACCUGAGCCGAUAUCUGGCGAAGAUAAUGGACCUGCAGAAUCUUCUGUAUCAGUUGGGUUGAUGGGAAGGUACCAUAGCAGAUAUCAAGCCAAGGUAUUAACCAUCGUUCAGUUACGGACCCCAGGUGUAGCACGUCAUCAAACAAAAAGUGAUUUGCACUGGCUUGUUGUUAUAAGCUACUGAGUUCCUUGCAUCUGAUUGGCCCAGAGCAAAUUUGUUGGUGUAAGUCACGGACAAGAUGCUCCAUGAAACCGUCUCUAAGUGUAGCAAUUAAAUCGAUGUUGAUCAAGAAGUAUAGUAGGCUCUAAUUCUAUUUUGGACGUCUAGCAUUUGAAUCUUAUGAAACAGUUUGGCCCAUGUGAACUUUACCUUAGCCGAUAUCUCGCCAAGAAGAUCGACCUGCAGUUAUGGACUUCCAGUUAUUCAGAUCAACAUUGCAUUAGACUGAUUUUAUUGUAGACACCUAACAGUCGAGUCUCGUGAAUCAGUUGGGCUGCUGUUAACUUUCUGGAGCAGAUAUCUAGCAAAGGCGAUUGACCUUCUGUUAUGGACUCUCAAGUGUAGCAAUCAACAUGUUGCAUACCCGAGCCAGGGAAGCCUUUCAUGAAAGGAUACUUCAGACAUUUUAUGUGACAAGUCUGUUUUAUCCAACAGUUACGGUAGAAAUGGUGCUUCCCAGCAAAUCAGAGUCGAGGAAAGUUGUCAGAUCUGACAACUUGUUGGACAAAAAUAUUGAAAUGCCCCCUGGGAACCGUUGCAUAAAACUUUUGCCAUAAAAAAAUGGCAAAUUUUUUUUGCCAGACUUGUGGAAGUUUCAAUGGCAUAAUUUUGUUUGCCAGAGUUUUUUUAUGGCAAAAGUUUUAUGCAAUGAGUCCCUGGUGUUUCCUGUACAAAACAUGUUGCAAUUACAGAAUGAUAGUCACACUUUACCUGUAGUGCAAAAUUCAUAAUUCUUUUCAAGGAACAUAUAGAUAUUAUAUGACCGUUCAAACUCAUACAUGUACUUAAUUUGUUAAUCAGACCGCUCACAUAAUCAUCUCUUGCAUCGCAUGGAGAGUAAUAUCCUUUUUGGUUUGGCUUUGGCCUCCUGUUUGAAACUAGACUAAAUUGCAUUUUGCGUGCUAGGUACAGUUUUAUCGAUUUCUAUUCAGAGUGUGUGCUCACAGGAGUUAGAAUAAAUCUGUCACACUUAGAAUCUGUUAUGGCCUCUGACAACAUUAGAAUUUCAACUCCAUGGUUGUAUACUCUGUAAUUGUCACUCAAUAAGAUGUCGAUUCCAUGACAUUUGCUCUGGCGACGAUUGCUCCACUGAAAUUGUUAUGGCCAUUAGAAUUUCAACUUCAUAGUUGUAUACUCUGUCAUUUUCACUCGAUAGUAUGUCGAUUCCAUGACAUUUGCUCUGGCGACGAUUGCUCCACUGUGAAAUUGUUAUGGCCAUUAGAAUUUCAACUUCAUAGUUGUAUACUCUGUCAUUGUCACUCGAUAAUAUAUCAGUUCUAUGACAUUUGCUCUGGCGACGAUUGCUCCACUGAAAUUGUUAUGGCCAUUAGAAUUUCAACUUCAUAGUUGUAUACUCUGUCAUUGUCACUCGAUAAUAUAUCGGUUUUAUGAUGUGUGCUCUGGCGACGAUUGCUCCACUGUAAAUUUGUUGUGGCCAUUAGAAUUUCAACUUCAUAGUUGUAUAUUCUGUCAUUGUCACUCGAUAAUAUGUCGGUUCCAUGACGUUUGCUCUGGCGACGAUUGCUCCACUGUAAAUUCCUCGCACUGAUGCAAUGACCAACUUCAACCCUGGAUUUAACACUAAACUCUAUCCUAAACCUACUGUAACCAUAAACCCAUCUUAAAACCCUAUUGCAACCCUAACCCUCCAUCUUAGAGGAAAUAAAGCCUGGAGCAAUUGUCGCCGGAGCAAAUAUCGUGUCACCUUAAAGUUAACUCUAUGGUGUUAUGGCUUAGUGUUUUCUCCAUGUUGUUUAAUUUAUGGUGACAACUCCAUGUUUAAUUACGAAUACUCUCUUUUGACUUGAAACAGACUUUGGAAUUUCUUACAAAAUUUUGUUUCUUAAGUGAAUUACUACAUCCAAUAUAUGCAAGUUCCAUUUUUUUUUUUAAUAACUUAUUGCUACACACUACAGCAUUUGUAUAAUACGAAAAUGUAAUAAAUGUACAUUUAGAGGGGUGCUAUUAAUGAGGUGUAAAUAUAUAUUAUAUAAUUUCUACUCACAUGAAACACAUACCUAGAUGUCCGUCUUAAUUUAUUAUCUGCCUAGUCUGCCUACUCCUUUUCUUUCAUCCCCUUCACUAACCUGAUUGGUCUUCUCUACUCACUAAUGCCCCUUUUGUCUCCUUGUUUCUAGUGUUGCUGUAGCUUGUUUGUGGUCUAUAUUAUGGUUGUUCCACUUUAUAUGUUUGUCAUUUUGCCUCCGACGAAGAUUCUGCUAGGAUCGAAAGCUUAGGCCCCUUUUUGACUUUAUAAUUUACUCCAUUGGCUCUCUUUUAUUAGAUAAGCAGUUUUCAGCAGCUUCUUUUUGCCAUUAAUUUAUUAUCGUUAGGUGCAAUAUGAAUUAGUCUACAGGAAUAAGUUCAGUGUAUCUUUUCUUCAGGUUCUAUCUUUGAUUUUUUUCUCUUUUUUUUGGAGUUUUUAUUUUCUUGUUGUUUUUUAUUUACGUUUUCAUUUUUUCAUACACCUUUCCUUUUCAAAGAGCAAAAUUGCCAUUUGUUGAUGCUCUGUGUUUGCCUGUAUUUCUGUACGCUUUGCAACCUAUAGUGGAUCCUGUUUAUGUUCCACAAGUGGUAUCACAUUUUUUAAAGUAUGAUUUUGUUCUUUACAUGAAUUGAUAGCAAAUCAAGCAUCUAGCAUUCCCAAAUGAAAUUUCUAAGAAAUCAUAUACUGUUUCUUUUGAUACCUCUUCCUUUUUAUAAGAAUAUGAUUCAUAGAGCAUUUCCUUUUUUUUUUAGGAUUGAUUGGAAUAAUUGCAUUUUCAUAAGCAAAUACUGAGAAGGAUAAAAAGAAGAGGCAAACAUUGGUAAGGAGAAAGAAAAUGAAACAUGUCAGCGUGACAAAUGUAAAGAGAUUGAAAUUGUGCUCAGCCUCAUUUUCAUUUUCUGUCCCAAAAGCUUGACUUUCAAGUAUGACUCUACACCUAAAAUUUCUGUAAACAUUCAGAAUUUGCUCCCCUUCACCUGAAACGCAUUUGAAAUUCACUUAUAUUCUGUUGAUAUUAAAGUUAUUGGCCUUUUCUGAACUCUGGUUUAAUCUAUAAAACUCUGGUCUAAAGUUGUGGCUAAAAUAUGGACAGCAAAUUAUGCCACUUAUCUUAACAGUGGAGAUUCCAUUUGUGAGCAUAUUUGGUGUCUAAUUUAUUCACAAUUUUCCGUUAAUAAUAUCUUAAAUCAUUUCUCAUGGGACAAACUUUAAAACACAUGAAAAACAUUCAUGUAAAUAAAAUUUUGAUAUUUUUGGCAUUCCAUAAUUUUAGCACAGAUUUAGACCAUGACUUAAACUUCUGAAUACGGGCCAUUUCAUACAUGAAUUGAGAUUGACUAUUUGCUGUAUAUAAUGCUUACUAGUAUGUAUAUUUUGCUCGAUUUUUCAACUUGCACAUUUUUUCAAAGAAUAUCCAACCAUUGUACUAAGUUUGAUUUUAUUUGGAAACAGGCUAUUGAGAUAACAUCAAUUUCAGGGAACACGCAAUGAUAUGACAAUACUGAAAUGGUGCUGUUGGUGAGUUGAGAAUAGAUAUAUAAUUGAUUUCUAACAUUUGCUGAUAACAAGGUCUUAUGAAAUUACAAGGCCCAGAAUGGUAAACUUUUGAGUUUUGUUUUUUUCAUUUUAGGAAGAAAAAAAAAUUACAUGUCUGAGUGACAUGUUCAAGGGUUGGAUAUGUAAUAUUCUCUUACUGGUUAUAUGCUCACAAUGUUACUGUAAGUCUUGAAUACGGGCAUUAGAAUUAUAUUUUGAUUAUCUUUGUUGAAGUAAAUUUAUAUAUUAGGGUUGUGACCAAACCGGUUACCAUCGUACAAAUAGUUAUGAUUGAGCCAGUCAAUUUUAACUGUGGAAAUUCUUGAAUGUCCUAAUUCUUCAAACUGAGAAUACUCACUGCAUUUACUUUGGGGGAAAAAAGUAGAUUUGUCAAGGAGAUGAGGCAUGGAUGAGUAUUCACGAUGACACUCUGUAGAUGUAUGCAUUUUAGAUGUUGGCGUUACUUGUUUCCCAUAGUUGUGAUUGAUCAGAUCAAUCAUAACUCUUUGUAAGACAGGGCCCAGAUAUUUAUUAAACAGCCCUGGGUGGUGUUUCAUAAAGCUGUUCGUAAAGUUACGCACAACUUUAAGAAUGACUGGAAAUGUUGUUAUACAUAAGUCAGCUAUAUAGGGAUAUAUCAUAUAGCACAAGAAAGGGACACCAGUCGUGCGUAAAGUCAUUCGUAUCUUACGAACAGCUUUAUAAAACAGGCCCCUGAGCCCCUCAAUGAUAUACAUGUAAGAUAUAAGGUAUUGAAUCUGUGAAAAGUAUGAGCCUCUUAAUGAUAUACUUUUAGAUGUAAAGUAUUGAAUCUGUGGAAAGAUAUGAGAGUUCUGGUAGCGAUAAAAAUGUUCUCCGGAAUCUCUUGUCGAAAAGUAUGAAAAUUAAGUUGAAUAGUCUCUUUAGGUUCUUUUUGUCUAAGGACUACAAAAGAAAUGCACUUCAAAAUGCCUUCCAAGAGCUGGAAACUAAAUUAGUAACUAAUGUCCCUGCUUUGUCAUCUUAUUUAUAACGUCAUAAUUCUUUUCAUUUCAUUAAAGAUUUGUUUCUAAAUUUUUUUCAGCGUUCACUUGAUCUAUAAAAAAAGAGGUUAUCAUAUUUGGGAUAUUAAUCAUCGUUUAUUCAGGGAAUGAAUGAUUAAUUCUGUUAUUAUUCAUUUAUAUUCAUUAGUCUUCUUUAAGUCUAUUCUAUUUGCUAUAUGGGUUGCUUUGAAAAACAAACAUUAAAGUAAUUGAAUUGACAUGAUAACUUUGGGAUACUAAUCAUUCGUUAUCCUGGGAAUGCAUUAAUGAAAUCUUGUUUUAUUAUUAAUUUAUAUUCAUAAUUUUUUCUUCUAGUUUUUAUGAGGCUAUUCUAUGUUGUUAUCUUAUAUUCAUAUAAUUUUCACAAGUACAAACUGUUUGAUCUUUUUAGAUACUUGGUCCCUUUAUCACAAAGCUUAGUAAUGUAUUAUAGGAUUUAUUUGUUCUGAUUCAUUGAACAUAUUGAUUGGUACAAUCUAUUGUUAAAAUAAAUCACAGCGCUUUAUGUUGAAGGGCCUGUUAUGAAAUGACACAAAACUUACUGUUCAUACUAACUUUCCAUCAAUGGUAAACUACCAUGGUAACCGGCAUCUACAGCCAAUAAAAAAAUAAAGGUUUCCAUGGUUUGUUACAUGUACCAUCAAUUUUGCCAUCGACGGGUUAUGCGACCUGGCCCAGCCCUACUUUCAUGCAAAAUGCCCAAUUCAGUCUAGGCUGUCACUUCAUUUAUAUUCAAGUUGAAACACAAACGAUGCCAUUUACAAGCUUUUGUGAGUUAUGUUAUUUCGAAAAAACCUUAUGAGAUGGAAGAGUAAACUACUUUUUUUUACAGGGUAUUCAACUGUAAAUAUCUUUAUUACACAUUGAGACCAUAAAUUUCUUAGGCUGUGUCUUCUGUAUAAUUUGAUGUGUGUACUGUGAUAGCUAGGCUGCAUAGGGACUUUGUGAUAUUGCACUUCAAAAUAUAUUUCAUUAUCUAUAAAAUUAUUAUUAUUACCGUUAUUAUGAGUUAAAAUGAGGGGUUUUCUCUUUUAAAAAAUCUCUUUAGGGGUUAUGGGUUUUUUCUGUAUGCAUUAUUAUUUGUUGGGGAGUUUUGAAAGCAUAAAAACAGAUAAAUAUUUUGAUGCAAAAAAUGAAAUAUAGGAAUCUUGACUUGCCGUUGUAAUUCAGCUUUAAAGCAAAGUUCAACUUCAUCAUUGUAAUAUUAUUUACAGUGAUAGCCUGUAUGUAUAGUAUUUCUGUUAACAUACAUGUGUACAAAAGAAGAGAAAGAAAAUGUGUAUUUAUUAAAAAAAUAUUAUAUUUGAAAAUGG